AUGAAGAAGGCAGAUAAGGAAUAUGUGGAUAGUGAGUUAAUGAAGAAGGCAGAUAAGGAAUAUGUGGUAAGUGAAUUAAUGAAGAAGGCAGAUAAGGAAUAUGUGGUAAGUGAAUUAAUGAAGAAGGCAGAUAAGGAAUAUGUGGUAAGUGAAUUAAUGAAGAAGGCAGAUAAGGAAUAUGUGGUAAGUGAAUUAAUGAAGAAGGCAGAUAAGGGACUUGUGGCUAGUGUGUUAAUGAAGAAAGCAGAUAAGGAAUAUGUUAAUGAAAAAGAUAAUGAAAUUAUAGAAAGGGUUGACUGGUACCAUGAACGGACAUCGAAGAUUUUAAAAACUAAAGCUGAUACAGGAUGGGUUUCAGAAUGUUUAGACCUUAAAGCGGAUAAAACUUAUGUUAACGAUGAGUUAGAGAAGAAAGCAAAUAAGACUCAUACACAUACAAGUUUUACAACUGUUGCUAUAGAAAGUAUUGAAGGAACGGUUGAAGAAACUGGUGGGGAUGCAUUAUAUUGUAAACCUCCUAACUUUCCACAAGGUUUAACAUCGGAUGACGACAUAACGACGAUGAGAAACAUUAGAUGUAAAGAUGUUUAUGUCAUGAAGGAUGAACAUAAUAUUAAAUUCACUGCUCAAGAUUUAUAUGACAAGAAAGCAGAUAAAACAGAGCUUCAAACAUUAAAGACAGAAAUACUUCAAACAUUAUAUCCUAUAGGCUCUAUUUAUACGUCAAUGAACUCAACAAAUCCAGAAGUAGUACUUGGUUUUGGAACUUGGACUCAAAUAGUCGACAGGUUUUUGUAUUGUGCUAACUCUUCAAAGGAAACAGGUGGAAGUAAAACGAUUACAGGUGAAAAUUUACCUGCACACAGUCACUACAUAGAUUUAAGCACAUCUCAAGCGGGUUGGCAUAAGCAUAGAUAUUGGGAUUGGUCAGGAAUGACAAAAGGUAAAGGAUAUGAUGUUAAAGACAACGUUAAGUUUGCCAUAAAUUGUUACUGGA